AGAGGCUUGGGUGCCUAGAACGAUCCACAACGCAGCUUCAGAGCGCGCAAUUGAGUUGCUCUGCUGCACUCUUACUUUAAAGCUUGCAUGUAUUGCGACUAGCUUGAUUCAGAGCACGGAAAUGAUGGGCUGCGUCUAGCUAAUCACUGUCAAUAGCAUGAGCUGAUGUAUUCAUCACGCCGACUGCGAGCUGCUCAGUAAAUGCCUACAAGUGCGACUCGCGAGAGGUCGUUUAAGGUUUUCGUGGUCACCUCGGCAACUCCGCACUUGGUCAUUCCUCGUCGCCAUCUGAGAGCGGAACAGAAAGAUUAGAUUGCGGCUCACUCUGCUCAGUGUGCCUCGGGACCGCCAGCAUCCGUUCUAUCCUACGUCUCGUUGCCAUGAAAGGUCCUACUUGACAGGGCGUCCGGCCUGCUCGUCUCUCUGGGUAACUUGAGACCACAGACCUACUCACCACCCUCUAUGGAUCUCAUUCGACGUGGCAGCAGACUCUUGGGUCGUCAAGCAUCUUCAUCGACCAAGAAGCAACGCAUCGUCAUCAUUGGUUCAGGUUGGGCAGGUUUCACAUUUCUACAAAGACUCGAUGCCCGACAAUAUGAGGUCUUUGUCAUUUCACCACGCUCCUAUUUCGUCUUCACACCGUUGCUUGCCGGAACGGCUGUUGGGACGCUGGAAUUCCGAUGUGCUCUUGAAUCGGUGCGUGCAACGCGCAAGUGUCACUUCCACGAAGCUUGGGCUGAAUCCAUUGAUUUUGAUAAACGAGAAGUGACGUGUAGUGAUGCGAUGAAGGCGGUGGGUGAUGCUCGGACAUUCGCCGUACCCUACGACCAGCUCAUUUUGGCACCAGGGAGUUACAGUAAUACGUUUGAUAUUCCGGGUGUGCAUGAACAUGCGCACUUCUUGAAGAGUGUGGAAGAUGCGCGUCGUAUCAGGAAUCGUGUGCUUGCUUGCUUCGAACAAGCCAGUUCACCCACUACCACGGCUGAAGAGCGAGCACGACUUUUGACAUUCUGCAUUGUUGGAGGUGGACCGACUGGCGUUGAGUUUGCUGCUGAGCUGCAUGACCUUGUGGCAAAGAACCUCAACAAGCUCUACCCGGAUCUUGCACAUCUCGUCAAAAUUGAAAUCUUUGACAUUGCAGAGUCCAUCUUGGUGUCCUUUGAUAAGAAGCUUGCUUCGUAUGCGCAAGCAAGAUUCGCUCGAGACGGCAUCAAAGUGCAUACCAAGCAAUCCCCCAAACGCGUCUUGGCAGAUCGCCUUGUUUUUACGGAAGAUCCCAAAGAUGCCGUGGGUGACCUGCAAGAUAAGCCCUAUGGUAUGCUUGUGUGGAGUACAGGACUCAUGGCCUCACCACUCGUACAAUUACUUGGUAAAGAGGGUUUGAUUGAUGUGGAUGACAAGACACAUGCACUCUUGACGAAUGGUCAGCUACAAGUACUGCACAAUGGUCUACCACGCAAGGAAGUCUAUGCACUCGGUGACUGUGCCACCAUCCAAGGCCAAAUCCUACCAGCAACAGCACAAGUUGCAAGUCAAAAGGGUCAAUACCUAGCAAGUAUUUUGAAUACUCGCAAAAUCGCCGAUUUCAAAUUCGUCUAUCGUGGUUCAAUGGCGUUUUUAGGGGGUGGUGCAGCGAUUGUGGAUGCGAGUCAAGCAAAGAAUGGUCCAAGGAUUAGUGGCCGCGUGGCGUAUAUCAUGUGGAAGACUGCAUACUUGACCAUGACAGUGAGUUGGCGCAACAAGGUGCUCAUUCCGACGUAUUGGCUGCUCAAUGCCAUCUUUGGCAGAGACAUCAAUCGGUUCUGAGUAUGUUGCAAAGGUGAAGAAGUAUGCAGAAGCUACCUAGGUAACGCAGUAUGACCG